CCCAACCAACGCAGCCGCAAAACCCUCGCUGAAUCGUCGCUCUGAUCGCUCGCCAAAUCUCCUCUCCGAUCGCCGGCGGGCGGCACCGGCGGGGACCGAAGGCAACACUGCUGCAGGACCAGAUAGUCGAGAAGAAACAUAGGGAACUAAUCAAUAGCAUGGCCACCACCAACCAGUUAUCCAUGAAGCUCCUGAUCGACACCAAGUCUCAGAAGGUGUGCUUUGCCGAGGCCGGCAGCGACGUCGUGGAGUUCCUCUCCGGCCUCCUCUCCCUGCCGCUGGGCACCGUGACCACCCUGCUCACCAAAGAGCGCAUGGUGGGCAGCAUCGGCAAUGUGGUCGGCAGCAUGGAGAAGCUGGACGCAAACUACAAGAGCAAGGAGCUGCGCCUCAGCCCGGAAGUCGGCCCCACCACGCUCUCCUGCCUGCAGCAGCUGCUGAGCGCGCAGCUCACCAACGGCAACGGCAGCCUCUUCACACGCCGUAACACUAGAAACUCAUACAAUGAGCAUAGCAGUGAAUACAUGGCCGCGACGCCCGCCACCGCCAGAGCCAACGGGAACGUGGCUCCCGCCGCAGCAGCCACAACCACGGUGCUGCCUGCGUCCACAUCAUACACGGUUGGGGACGACCUCUCGGUGACGCCGGCGUCUUUUUUCACGACGAUCCCGAUGCUGGGCAUCACGAGGUUCGCGCAGUGCGGUGUCAAGGACUUCAGCGUGAUGCAGGAGAAGACAGUGAAGAUCGGCAAGGAAGAGGCGCUGGGGAUACUCGCUGCUUCCCUCAAGUCCAAGACCGUUCUGACGGACGUCUUCCUGCCCAAGAAGAAUGCUCGCUGCAAGAGGGAACCUCCUGAGGAAGUCAUUCAGUUAUGAACGAGUCCACAAACUUAUUGAAAGUGUUACGAGAGAAAGGAGAUAGAUUUCCAUAUAUGACUUGGUACUGUUAUUAGUAGUACUUGCUUGUUUAGCCGUGAUAAAUUAAUGAGAAGACAUCUUGCUUCUUCGGUUUCUGCUGUCAUUCUGCAAAGUGAAUAUGAAUACAGGGACUUGCGAUAA